AUGUUUAAUGUAUCAGUGUUAUCCGGAAUUUGUGAAAUGACAAAAUUAAUUUAUGUAAAGAAUACACGAAUGCAUAAUGUAUUUAUUAUUGAACUUUUAACAAGUAUUUUGGCUAUUUUAACAACUUCACUUACUCUCUUAGCUAUAAUUUUUAAUAAAACACUUCAUUUCAAUUUGCGAUUAUUACUUCUAUGCUUUUGGGGCGCUAUUAUUGUUACUUGUAUAGGAACACUUAUCGAUUCAACUUAUUAUCUUAUAGCAAUUAUAUCAAAAGUAGAUGUAGAACGUUGUGCAUGGUUAUCGUUUACUAAAUCAGAUUGUAUUGCAUUAAGAAAUGUAUAUUAUCUUGGUCUGAUAAUGAUAGUAGUAUCAACAUUUUUUCUCUCAAUUGAAAGAGUAAUUGCGACACUUCUUUAUCACUCAUAUGAGCAUAACACUCGUCGAUGGAUUAGUAUAUUAAUGGCAUUAUCACAGAUAAUGGUUUUUAAUUCUUCCUUUGAUUUAUUAUCAGAAUCAUGA